AUGGAGCAGAUGGCACAGGCGGGGGCGGAGCCAGGCGGUGGAAAUCCUUCUCGGGGGGAUCGUGGCAGGAAUGUUGGGGGGCAAUUUGACACAGCGGAAUCUCAUGGCGAGGAUACUUCGACUCUAAAGGGGUCAAGGUCCAAAGCUCAAACGGAGUCCAUAUCAGCUAGACGUACCUCCGUAGGAUCGCUAAUGGGAAAUAACGGCCAUACAGGGGAAAAGUCGGCGCAGGACACAAGCAUGGAAGAGGAGAAGCUAACCGUAAUGCUACGUAUGCUACCGAUCAAAGUUGAGAUUAAUCGUGGAGCUAUCGUCAUGGGAAAUAACAACGUGCCAAGCAUUCUGGUUGCUCAUUUCGAAAAGGCUGAUGCAUACAUUGACGCUACUAGGUCGCAACCUAUCGAUAAAUAUAAGCAACUAUUUAACUUCUCGUUCACGCACCCAAUAGUUGAGAUGAAAACCAACAGAGAUUACAAAGAACCGCUGAGUUCACGUGGCUCCAAGCUUCUUUCCAAUGACAGUCAGAGUCUGAACAAGGCACCGCAUGCACAGCGUAACCGUCGGCAGAAGCUCCAUGACCUGUUGCCGGUGUUUAGCGACUCUGCCGAAUCGCUCACAUCUUCGGUAAAGCAUGAAUCUGAAACAAAGAAGAAACAAGGUGGAGGUACUGGAGCUGUGCAGGAUAAGUGGAUGGGUCUGAGCAGGUAUCUGGACGAGUCGCAACAAGAAGAAAGGUGGAAGUUUGAACCUGCCGAAUAUGCGAAGGUAACGACCCUGGUGGACUGCCCCUCGGGGAGGUUGAGCCUGUAUUGGGAUGCACCGGGGUCUGUCCCGCCUCCAUCUACAGCAUCUACUUCGGGUGCUAUAAGUUCGUCGGAAAAUGGGCUAGGGGAAGAUAUCAAUGGUUCUCAGUACUCACCUCCAGCAUGGGGUAUCGAUUUGGCAUUUGACGGAGGUACAAUUCACUAUGGCCCUUGGGCAGAUCGGCAAAGGGUUUUCCUGCAAAACAUGUUUUUCCCUAGGGUUUUUAAAACUUCCACUCCGGCAAAGAGAUUGACGCCGGGGCAAGACCGUAUCCCUACAAAGUUUAAGUUGUUUGUGGAGCUGUCGAGCUCAACGAUCUUGAGGGUUCCGACUAGGGAAGAAAGCAAAGAUAGGAAAUACCACGGCCGAAAGAACGAUGGUGAAGUGAGGCCAUUUGGUUGGAUUGAAGUAAAGGUUGGCCCGGAAAGUACCAUAAGCUAUGAUAUGUCUAUGGUGCCCGGGAAGGAUGGAUGGACCAAUAAACUAAACCUAGACUUGAAAACACCAGAGGUUAGGUCUAGUGUUAACCACGGUCUUUUUUGGAAAGCGGACAAUCAGUCUCUCGAGUGUGAUCUUAGCGGUCCCUUGGAGUGGAAUGCAAAACACAUAUGGAGAUUUGAUAUUCUAUCUCGGGGACUCAAAUUAUUUAUUCUUCGGGAGCAUGUCACAUUGCUGACUGAUCUCAUUGGUGAUUGGUCCUCUGGGCCACCCACAGAAUAUUUGGCCUUCACACCAUUUGUCUAUGAGAUUGGGUUGAGGUUCGAGGAUACUUUUGAAGUUUGCAUAAAUGUCAACGAUCAGAACAUCAUUAAUAACCCGAGCGACUUUGAGGAUAAUACAUUCAUAAUACUCAGGGGAGCCGGAGGGUUACGAGGUAGUGUAGUGUUGGAUAUGACUAGGUUCAGGCCGGAUGAUAAUACAGUGGUAUUUGAUGUUUGGCUCGAUGAUUCUGGCGGACGAAGAAAUAGGUUGGAAUUGGGAGUGAGGCAGCCGGUUUGGAAUACCUGGAAUAGCUUCUUGGGGCCAGAGGCGGGGAUGAAGUUAGGGAGUGCUGAAGAACUUAGGCUUAAGGGAAGCUAUAAUUUCUACUCAGCUGUUGAGCCGGGUCUAGUUGAUACACUCCUCUUGGAUAUGAUAGGCGUAGGCUUGGAGUUGAAGUUAUUCGGGUUUCUGAUUCGAUACUUCCUGAUUGUCAGGGAGAAUUAUUUUGGAGAGAAUUUACACUUCAAGACGCUCGAAGAAUGGCAGAAGCAACGGGAGGAGGGUGGAACACUUGCCCUUGCGGAUGGCGGAGCUAUAAAGAGUAACGAUCUGGACGUGAUUCUCAAUUUGGAUGCCAAGGAUUGUUCUGUUGUGUUACCGAAAAAGAUUUAUGGCGCUGAAGAAGGGAUUAAGUUAGGUUCACUAAUUACUAUAUGGGUCUGUAUCUCGUCUUUAUCUAUCGUUACGGAUGAACUAACUACUUUCAUGUAUACAGAUCUUCAACUGGACCUUAGUCCAAUAUCCGCAUCUCUUACGAGCUCCUCCCAUACCUCGCAGUUGUUUGUCGAUGGACUUACGAUAUAUGGUCAUCGAUUGUUUGGACUCCCGCCAACUGAGCCCACUUAUAUCUGUAACUGGGAUAUUGGCGUUGGCUCAGUCGCAGGGGAAUGCACCACCGAAUUCCUCCAUACAACUUUAUCUGCGCUUAAAGCUUUCAUAUUUGCAUUCGAGGAUAUCGAGAAUGCUCUGCCUAUACCACUAAGGAACAUUGUUAUUAUCCACGAUGUUUCCUUCGUUAGACUGAACGUCAAAGCCAUGCAAAUCUGGCUUCAUCUGGACGAUGACCCAUUAGCAUUCCGAAUCACUAGCGGUGAAAUAUCUCUCAUUUUGAAUGAUCUCGCGGACGAAAAAAAUUCUGAACGGAUAUCAUUGUCACUUCCUGAUUUGACGAUGGCCUGUGUUGAUAUUAGGCAAGAUGCAGGUGAAGCAGAGACAAGGGGGUAUCUUGAGACUUCCUUAAAAAUGACUGCAUUCGGAAGGAAAAAAGAGUUCUCGAAGCACCGCAGUUCUCAAAUGAAACAUGUCAGAGAGAGUGAUUAUAGAACGGGGAGGGCGAAUUUUCUUUCAAGGGAUGAUUUCGAGGGCAUUGGGAGUCGGAGGAGCAGUCUCUAUAAUGAAGAUAUGGACCAAACAGAACCUACUCUUCCAUUGCCUGGGCUGCCUACGCCUAUCCAUGGUAUGAAAUUACAUCCACCUAACUUUUUCCGUAGGUCUGCAGGCCGAGCAGCAAGCAGUCGUAGGGCAGCGAGCUCACAUGCACCAUCAUUCCACUCAGCAGUAGAAUCCUUUUCAGACGCACUUUCUUUUACGCCGGAUACGCGAGGUUUCAUUCGGACGCCAACAUUAACUACAUUGGGAUCGCAAACACCUAAACCCUCAUCUACCCCUCGAACAUAUUCUAGUAGAAGUAUUCGAAAACCUUCAUCUAAAGUUCGAUUAUCAAGCCCGUUUGCUCGGCCGAGUUUUCCGCUGGAAGCUAUAGAACUCAACUUAAAGAAUGUCCCAAUAUUUUCUGCUAGGGAUGAGCAUAGCUUGAGAGAUGGCGAGGCAAGGGGUUCAUCAUCCACUUCCGCUGGGACAUUUAUCGAUGAAAAAACAGCUCACGAAAGUAUCCUGGUUGAGUUUACGCCUGGAAUCAGGGGUCAUUGCACGGCGGUUGCCAUCAAGGCUGUGGCACGGCUUUUGGAUUGCGUGCAAGCAAAGACCCCUGAGGAUAUUCUGGACAAUAUCCAAGAAGAUGUUGUUGAGAAGCUUGCCGGCCUUGCCCGCCCAUCCAGCGACUCGAGGAUAAUCGAAGUCUGCUUGAAAUUCUCCCAACUCAAGUUCUGCUUCACCAAUCCGGUACCACAACAGAUUUCCAACAGUGUCCAGAACUUUGGUGACGAGAAACCAGAUGAGGACUCUUUUAACCUUGAGCUGAGAGGCUUCUUAAUUGCGGCUAGGUCGAAGACAAUAUUCCCCGAACGGAGUCCGAACCCUCUGGAGGUUGAUCCAGUAAAACGGAUUUUUUCGAUUCACCUUCUUUUGGAUGGAUUGGAGUUGACAUUGAAGCAGCUAUUGGCUGAGUCAUCUGACCCGUUUACAAAGCCAGCAUUGGGUAUUCUGGUAGAAGAUUUACUUUUCUGGGCUUCCACACACGAGACCUCCAAUGCAUCUCUGCAGAUCGAAAACGUUGUAUCCUCACUACAAAGCAAGCAAGCACUGUUCUUAUACGACGCUAUUGGUCGGACUGCUCCUCUUAUUGGAGAUAUUGAACAGGCAUUCGGGGUUCUUUCUGGCGAGCGUAACCGGAUGCGGGAUCUUGCCUAUGGGCUCGCCGUCGCAGGUGCUAGACCUGAGUCGGGGGUAGUGGGUGAUCCGCCCUCACUAACUCGCCCGUCAUACGUACUUCGUUCAUCGUUGGAUCACGUCCGCGUCCACGAUUCUUGGAAGGUUAUGUCUAGAAUGCGCCAUAUUUAUCAAUCCCUUUCGGCAGCACACAAGCAAGAUGUGGACAGACAAUGCAUUGGAAAUAUGGGAAACUGUCCUCUUGAUGCAAGGCGGCAGGUAGUAGGGGCAUUCGAGAGAUGGCGGAGUUGGGAAUUGGUAAAUCUAGAACAUAGCUUCGUGGUUCGAGCUAUAUUCGGGAGUGAUCUUAAAGAGGGUGGUACUAUAGUUAUUCCACGUACCACAAAGGCUCGAAUUAUGCUAGCAAGCUUAAGGUUACUCGUUGAUCCAGGCCCGAUGCAGUGCGAGUUCUCUAUUCGCAACAUUUCUACUGCCGUUUCAGUAGGCAGCCCCGGAGAGAGCAACUCAGGCGGACUCUUGGCAGCGGAAUUAGGCUCGAGCAUAUCAGCGUCGGUAAUAGUGCAAGUCCAUUGCCGCAGCAUUGAGUUGUCUCUGACUUGGGAAAUUUUGGAUAUCGCAGAGGGACUAGCGAAUGCUCUGGUGAGUCGUGAGGGAGAUACAAAACCUCAUUCAUCAGGCGAGUCUUCUCUAAGGGCUGCGGGCACGAUUAGAAAAAAGAAACCAAGCUUCCAUCUCCUUUGGACUAUGGAUACUGGAUCGGUCUCUCUGGACACGGUGAAUCUUAAGAGCUUGUCGAUAGCUUACGGGAUGCAAGCCUCACUAUUUAUCUCGGAACAAAACAUAGAGCUACAAGAUUCAUUAGUUGGCAGUGCUCUGUUAAGGGCAGACCUAGUGACUUCAGAGCUAAGUUAUACUGGUAAAGUUUUGAGCUUGGCAAGAGCACACAAGCCAAGCCUUUACGGCCACUUUGAUGAACAUUGCUUGGCUGUAACUCGGUUUAAUAUCUGGAAGAUCGCGGGUUCUUGCGGGAGCAUAUCUUUCAAUAUCAAAGAGGAGGUUUUAGGGCUUAUGGAAGUCAUCGAUGUCAUAGUUAACGAUGAGCUCUCGCAGAUAUGGAAGCUUGUUCAGGGGAUGAAACAUAUAAAUUCGGUCACAAACUCGUUACCAAAAAGCCCUUCAUACUUAAAGAGGACUAUUCACGUCGUUCACCUGACACUCUCGUUGGAGAGUUUCAGCAUUGAGGCCACUCUUCUACCGUCUUUAGCUUAUCUGAUGCAUGGAAAUGGUGUCAGGCUCUCCACUCGACCCAUAAAUGCUACCGAGGAAAUGGUUAUUGAUUUUGAUGUUCUUCAUCACGAACACGAGAUACGAACAGGUUAUGAUAGGCAACAGACGAGAAGAAUAUCGGCAUUGCAGAUACCGGCCAUCAAUGGCCGAGUUAGGGAUUGUAUUUCCGCUGAAGAACGGUUGUUGGAGGUUUUUCUCUCAGUGGAAGCUAUUCAGCUUGACGCAUCAUCACUCCAGAGCUUAUUCAAUGCGCUCAACAAACCAGAGGUUACAAAUGUUAUUGAUGAAGCCAGGGCUGAAUGGAUUGGCACCCAAGCGAGACUUGGCGAGAUAUUCAGGAAUUCUAAGGAUGCUCACGCAUCCUCAGCCAAAUCCGAUGCCCCUUUAGUGUAUCGUGCACAUGCAGGCAUUUCCGGCUUGAAAAUACAAACGUCUGCCCCUUCCGCGAGUUUGGAGAUUGAUCUCGGCUCUAUUCAAGUACAUGCCUCCAAUAGACCUAAACCCGAUUUAGAUAUACUUUCAAUUCCUGAGGUCCAUCUGGAGUUCCGCAAGAUCACGGUUGAGCUUGAUCGGGUUGGCAUACAUGGGGCUCUGGAUUCAUGUGGAUAUGUUGAGCUUCAUGCUUCUCUUCUUUUCUCAACUAAGAAGACUCCGCGGGGCAAAUCUGUUAGGGCCUUCUUUAUUAAGAGUCGCUCGCUCCGGGUUGAUCUUUUUGCGGAGACUGCCUCAACAAUCGUCGAUGUCGCUGGACAUUUACAGGACAGGUUGAAGGACCUGGAUCUCUCAAGAGAAGUCAAAUAUCUCAGGAAGCUACGCAAAUCGAAGCCACUCAUCGCGGUGGACUAUGCCGAAGCUGGUCAGAGUGGGAUUGAGCUUUUUAGUUCUAUGAUCGCUGUUGAAAUGAUGGGAAUCCAGGUGUCGUGGAUCGUGGGGAAUUCUGGCUCCUCUCAUUCGAGCGACGAUUCAAGGCAGAAUCUCGUUUUGUCGUUCAAGCGGAUUGAUUUCGCUACAGCUACAAGGAAGGAGAACGAAGCGUGUCUUACGAUUGAAGAAUUUCUGCUGGAGGUGGUGGAUUCGAAUACUGAACGGAAACAAUCGGCCAGGUCUGAGAACUCAGCGCUCAUGCCAGAGGUGAUCUUCAACGUUGCUUGUUUCGUCAAUCAAUCGGACCGGCGAUUGGCGAUCCAAGCUAAAGGUACUUCAUUAGACCUAAGAGCCACCUCUUCAGUUGUCCUCGCAGCUAGUGAUCUCGAAAGUUCCAUCGCUACAGCGAGUGAGAAGUUACGCCACGCCUCAGCAACAUGGAAGUCGACUCCAACUGAAAGUGGUGCCGAGAGGGAAAAUAUGUUCGGAACCAAAAGACUAGGCUCGGUUCUAGUAGAUGCAGAUUUUGCUGGAGCUGUUGUCCGUAUUAGCAAUGUGUCGGAUUCACCUACACUUCCCGGGCUGUCGUCCACCCGAGGAGGGGUGGGGACUCCACAGGGCCGUUACGGGCAAUUUGCCCAUGGAGAAUCAAACGGCACAACAAUCCUUCGGUCCCCCGGACUGGCUUUCAAGGCUGAAUAUGUUGCGCCUCCGAAUGAGGACCCAUCACUAAAUGCAGAGAUUAAGGUCAGCGCUUCAAGCAAUACUCUCUACCCUUCCGUAGUGCCUCUGAUACUGGAGAUGACCUCCAAUGUGAAGGAGGUGAUGCGAGACCCCAAGGAAGCUAGGCCAGAGGAUAAGCAUGCGAAAGCGUCUCAGGGCGAGAAGGAGUCUCCCCCUGAUCCAGCAGUGAUUCUUGGACGCUGUAGACUCAACAUCGGCUUGAGGAUAUGUAAGCAAGAGUUUACUCUCAGUUGUCAGCCAAUUGCGCGAGUAGCAGCUUCUACUGAGUAUAAAGAGAUUUAUGUCACUGUUAGCACCUGUGAGGAUCCGGAAAGCGGGCGCUUCUAUGCCAUUUCAGCCACUGUAGCCGGAUUGCGGACUUCAGUGCGCCAUGUCUAUUCAAGAGAACCUACCGGCUACCUUGAGGUUGAGUCGGUGGUUGUUUCAUUAAUGAAUAACAAACACCUUAACGGAUCCGAAGGCCUCUCAUGCAUCAUGAAGCUCAGCCCAAUGAAAGCUUUACUCAAUGUCAAGCAAUUCCAAGACUUUCUACUUUUCCGAGAGAUCUGGCUUCCCGAAGAAAUUCGCUCAAGUACACCUGCUCCGGUUGUUACAUCAUCGGAGCCUUCUCCAAUGUUAGUUCAAAGAUACCACAAAGUUGCAGCUACCAAGGCGUUUCCGUGGAACACGACGGUGGCGAUCUCAGAGAUUGAUCUACAAUUGGACCUUGGGCAAGCGCUAGGAAGGACUGCUUUGCUUAUUUCGAACUUUUGGGUCGACUCUCGUAAGACUUCUGAUUGGGAGCAAACAAUGUGCCUUGGGUUUGACACUAUAAGGGCGUCUGCUACUGGGCGUGCUAGCGGAUUUGUUGACCUGAAAAACUUGAAAGCGCGGACUGCGAUACAUUGGCGCUCUGCUGCUGCUGAUGACGCCAUUCGAGCUCCCCUUAUUCAGGCUUCGUUAAGCCUUGAGCAGCUCCAGGCCAAAACGUCCUUUGAUUACCAAGCCUUCUUAGUUGCAGAUAUUACUCGCUUUUCCUUCCUCAUGUACAACGUUCAGAAGGAUAAUGGGAAUGCGGGAGAUCGGUUGGUGGGAGUGCUGGAUGGAGACAGAGUACAUGUUUACUGUACGGCGCAGAGCGCAUCCCAAGGUCUUGCACUCUACCAAGCGCUUCUCCGGCUUGCUCAAGAGAAAAUAGCAUCGUAUCAAACCUCUCUAAAGGACGUAGAGAGGUACUUGAACAGGCCUUUGCAAUCGAACCACAACUUCCCCGCGCCCCCCUCAGCCCCUUCUAUUUCGAUCCACAAGGAAGCACAUCCACCAACUUUCUUAUCGCUUCACACCGAUGUUGUGGUGAGCCUCAAGGAGGUCAAUAUUGGCACUUUCCCCAGCACUUUCUACGACAACCAGGUUUUCAAAAUGGAGGCAUUGAACGCUACUGCCAGAUUUGCUGUGGAGAUGGAGGACGAAAGGCUACAUAGCAAACUAGAGAUGACUUUGGGGGAACUCAGGAUUGCGUUAUCUCAGAUCCGAAGAGCUGAGGUUCUGAGUCAAGAUUUUACUGUGGAAGACAUCGUGCGGAACUCCGGAGCCACAAAGGGUGGGACAAUAUUGAAGGUUCCUCAGGUUACAGCGUUUAUGCACACUUGGAACAAAGCAGGGUCGAUGGAUAUCGACUAUAUUUUUAAGAGCGCGUUCGAAGGCAAGGUAGACGUGGGGUGGAACUAUUCUAGAGUUAGCUUCAUCAAAGGGAUGUGGGCAACACAUGUCAAAUCCAUAGCACAGCGACAAGGAAAAUCAGUAUCGAGCCCGCAUAUCACUAUAAAUACAGACGCUUCGUCAUCCCCAUCUGAAUUAUCGGGCGAAGGUGGGGAGUCUGAGAAGAAAGAAAAGGGCAAAAUAACUGCGGUUGUCAACGUUCCCCAGUCUCGAUAUGAGUACAACGCUCUUGAGUCACCGAUUAUUGAAACUCCACAAUUGAGGGAUAUGGGGGAGGCUACUCCACCGCUUGAAUGGAUUGGGCUACACCGAGAUCGUUUGCCCAAUUUAACUCAUCAAAUUGUCAUCGUCUCGCUCCUGGAAAUUGCGAGAGAGGUUGAAGAUGCAUAUUCCAAGAUUCUUGGAACAAGUCGAUUGGAGCUAUCAGCGAAGUAA